AUGGCGCCAACAGAAUCGACCAUCUUGAGCAACUUCUUACUUGUCCCAGCACAGCUCCCCACAAUCAUUUCGCUGGACGAAUUCAAAGCCUUGUUUCCUCCACAGCACCGAUCAUCGGCUCAAGUACGAUCCCUGUAUAGGGACCUCCAGCGCCAAAGGAGUAAUGUCGUAGAAGAAGUCUCUGAAAACAUUGCAGAGGAGACAUCCCGCCAUGCAAAGGUUAUUCGACGGCAGGUCGCUAGGGCGGAUAGGAUAGGUACUUUCGCGGACGAGUACGACGCAGAAGACGAAGUUGAGAAAGCGUUGCUCAACUCGGGCUCUGCUCCAGCUGGCGAUGAUCCUCUCACAAACCUGAGUCUUGUUGUACAAAGUAUGGAAACCUCUUUAUCCGCAGUCGAGAGCCAGAUUAAGGAUCUGCAGACUGAGGAAGCCAGGCUUCUCGAACUGGUUAAGAAAACUGUUGGAGACUUGAGCGAUCUGCGUUACGGCCGGUUAUCAAAUGCAAACUUGCCAGAGCAGGUCUUGGAUGGGUUGAAAAACCUGCAAGACAUAUGUGAAAACAAAAAUCCGUAA